GAAAGGAGGCGCUCACAGAGCGGGACCACGCGCCAGACUGCCAGCCCCACCCGGGGCGCGGCCGCGCGGGGAAGCUAUGGGCAGCCCCUGGAAUGGCAGCGACGGCACCGAGGGUAUGCGGGAGCCGCUGUGGGCCGCGCUGCCACCUUGCGACGAGCGCCGCUGCUCGCCCUAUCCCCUGGGAGCGCUGGUGCCAGUGACCGCCGUGUGCCUGGGCCUGUUCGCCGUCGGGGUGAGCGGCAACGUGGUGACAGUGCUGCUGAUCGGGCGCUACCGGGACAUGCGGACCACCACCAACUUGUACCUGGGCAGCAUGGCCGUGUCCGACCUAUUCAUCCUGCUCGGGCUGCCCUUCGACCUGUACCGCCUCUGGCGCUCGAGGCCCUGGGUGUUCGGGCCGCUGCUCUGCCGCCUGUCGCUCUACGUGGGCGAGGGCUGCACCUACGCCACGCUGCUGCACAUGACGGCACUCAGCGUAGAGCGCUACCUGGCCAUCUGCCGCCCGCUCCGCGCCCGCGUCCUGGUCACUCGGCGCCGCGUUCGCGCGCUCAUCGCCGCGCUCUGGGCCGUGGCACUGCUCUCCGCGGGGCCCUUCUUCUUCCUGGUGGGUGUAGAGCAGGACCCCGGCAACUCCGUGGUCCCGGACCUCAAUGGCACGGCGCCACUCACCCCCUUGCCUCCCGCCUCGUCGCCGCCCCCCUGGCCCUCGCGGGUGCCACCGCUGUCCCUGCCGUCGGGGCCCGAGGCCGCAGAGGCCGCAGCACUAUUCAGCCGCGAGUGCCGGCCGAACCCAGCACAGCUGGGCGCGCUACGUGUGAUGCUGUGGGUCACCACCGCCUACUUCUUCCUGCCCUUUCUGUGCCUCAGCAUCCUCUACGGGCUCAUUGGGCGGGAGCUGUGGAGCAGCCAGGGGCCGCUGCGAGGCCCAGCCGCCUCAGGGAGGGAGAGAGGCCACCGACAGACCAUCCGCGUCCUGCUGGUGGUGGUUCUGGCAUUUAUAGUUUGCUGGUUGCCUUUCCACGUUGGCAGAAUCAUUUACAUAAACACGAAAGAUUCGCGGAUGAUGUACUUCUCUCAGUACUUUAACAUCGUCGCUCUGCAACUUUUCUAUCUGAGCGCAUCUAUCAACCCAAUCCUCUACAACCUCAUUUCAAAGAAGUACAGAGCAGCGGCCUGUAAACUGCUGCUCGCAAAGCAGUCCAGGCCGAGAGGCUUCCACAGAAGCAGGGACACUGCCGGCGAAGUUGCAGGGGACACUGGAGGAGACACGGCGGGCUACACGGAGACAAGCGCUAACCUGAAGAUGAUGGGGUAACCAGCACGGCCAAGCCAGGCUCUACCCGUAGUUCUAAGACUUCGGCGGAAACAGGUGUGUAGAGAAGUAAAGACUGAAAGUGAGGAACAGAUGCUGAUAGGAAGAAUGGAAAGGGGUUGCAGUUGUGCCAGUUGGUUAAGAGACAGACUGUAGGAUUUAUUUAACCAGCGUAUGACAUGUAACUGUGCCAACCUUUCUAGUUUCCUUCCCACGUACCUCCUAAGGGAUGUCCAUUUUACCAUCAUGAAAUCCCACAUCUCAAAGUGUCCUCUGUGUGCUGGUUCAGUGAAGUCCUUAUUCUCCUACUCUUUAGAAAGAUGACUGUUCAUUUUACAGUUAAGUGAUACAGAGGGAUGCUGCCCCAAAACUGCCACCUCUGAGAUCAGGAGCAUAUUUUGCUUUUAUAUUUUGGAUGUCAAUGUAACAGUGCAUCUACAAGGAACCAGGAUAAUGACAGUUUGAUCCAAGAAAUUAUUUAAUACCUGUAUAUGGCUGCAAAAACUUUUAGAAGUAAAAGGAAUUCUGGGUAGACUCCAGUAUUCAGGGAUCCCAUCUCUCUCCAGAUCACAGCAAAUCAUAAAGUUUAGGCACAAGAAUACCCUCUUUUAGAAGUACUCAGCAACUGUGUUGCAACCCACUUCUCCUUGAGACUGACUGCCCAUGGAUUUUCCCAGUGCCACUGGCCAUGGGGUAGCAAAUUUUGGGCAUCAACAUUUGAGAGCAGAGCUCAGCAGGAUGUGGCUUUCUCCAGUGACUACAAAUGACAUUUGUAAAGAGCUAUUUAAUAUGCUUUAUCUCGGCCGGGCACAGUGGCUCACGCCUGUAAUGCCAGCACUUUGGGAGGCCGAGGCGGGUGGAUCAUG